GUUGUUGCAGGAGAGCCGGGUGUGCUGCUCCAGCAGGGAGGCACCACGCGUGCUUGGCGUGCUGGGAGAAGCUGUUCUGUUCCUUCUUUUUUUUUGUAUAAUAACAUCUCCUGUCUCCAUCUCCGCGGUUUGAGCAGCUAGUGGCUGCAAGUUGGGAGUGUUUGUGAGGAGGAGCCGUGGCAGGCGCGGUGUGAGCCCUGCCGGGCACUGGAACAGUGCCUGAAGCAGGUCCACCAUGCCGUUAGUAACGAGGAACAUUGAGCCAAGGCACCUGUGCCGUCAGACGUUGCCUAGCGUUCCGAGCGAGCUGGAAUGCGUGACCAACAUCACCCUGGCAAAUGUCAUUCGACAGCUGGGCAGCCUGAGUAAAUCUGCAGAAGACAUAUUUGGAGAGUUGUUUACUCAAGCCAACACCUUUGCCUCUCGGGUGAAUGUUCUCGUGGAGAGAGUUGACCGCUUGCAAGUCAAAGUCACUCAGCUGGAUCCCAAAGAGGAGGAAGUCUCCUUGCAAGGCAUUAACAGCAGGAAGGCCUUCAAAAGCUCCACCACUCAGGACCAGAAGCUCUUUGACAGAGAUUCUCUCCCUGUGCCUGUCCUGGAAACCUACAGGAGCUGCAAUACACCUCCACCUCUCAACAUCCUCUCACCUUACAGGGACGAUGGCAAAGAGGCACUUAAAUUCUACACAGAUCCUUCGUAUUUCUUCGACCUUUGGAGGGAGAAGAUGCUUCAGGACACCAAGGAUAUCAUGAAGGAGAAGCGGAAACAUAGGAAAGAGAAAAAGGAGAAUCCAAACCGAGGAAAUGUGAAUCCACGGAAAAUCAAAACCCGGAAAGAGGAGUGGGAGAAGCUGAAAAUGGGACAGGAAUUUGUCGAGUCAAAGGACAAGCAUGGUCCUGCUGGGUACCCCUCGCCCGCGGUGUACCAGAACGGCAGCAUCGGCUCCGGCGAGAGCAUGGACGGGAACUGCUUCCCCCCCCCAGCUCACACGGACUCCGUGGUGCCACCACCUCCCUCGUUCCCAGAUGACAGCCUGCCUCCACCCCCGCUGGAAUUUAGCUAUCCUGUAGACAACCAAAGAGGUUCUGGUUCUGGAGGGCCCAAACGAUCCAGCCUGGUUAGCCCGAGCCACCCACCACCAGCUCCUCCCAUCGGAUCCCCCUCGGCAGCCAGGCCGGGCUUUGCUCCCCCUCCAGCUCCUCCACCUCCACCACCACUGAUGGAGAACACCCCCCCUCCACCGCCCCCCAUGAGCUUCCCCUCCCCGGGCACGCCCCCGCCGCCCUCGCCCCCUUCCUUCCCCCCUCACCCCGAGUUUGCAGCCCCUCCACCUCCGCCGCCCCCGCCAGCACUCGAUUAUUCCGGUGCUGUCCCAGCUCCGGGCAGUGGGAUUGCACCACCCCCGCCGCCGCCCCCGCCCCCUCCGGGCCCCCCACCCCUGGCUUCCAGCGGCCUGGACGGGCCCCCACCCCCUCCUCCCCCCUCUGACACCUCCACAGCCAAGCCCAAGUCAUCCUUGCCUGCGGUCAGCGAUGCCAGGAGCGAUCUGCUUUCGGCUAUUCGGCAAGGGUUCCAGCUGCGCAAGGUGGAGGAGCAGCGGGAGCAGGAGAAGCGGGACGUGGUGGGCAACGACGUGGCCACCAUCCUGUCGCGCCGCAUCGCCGUGGAGUACAGCGACUCCGAGGACGACUCCUCCGAGUUCGACGAGGACGAGUGGUCGGAUUAGCCAGGCUCCCACCCCUCCCUCCCUUCUCUCCUGGGCUCGCUUCUUACAGAAUCAGGUGGCCAAGCCUCGCACCACAUCCUUUUCAUCCUGUAACCAAAGAUGUGCCAAGGGUUUUUCAGACAACCAGCAGCCUGUCUCCCCUGUCCCUCCCCUCCAGCCUUGGCAGGACUCGGUGCUCUGCCUUUCCUAAAGGGCUCCUCACGGACACGAGGAUGGGAUUUAGCUGGAGGGGGUGGAACGGUUGCUUAUUUAAAAGAGAGCUAAACCUCCAGAUUUUUGAUGCCACCAGGCAGAGCACACAUAAACCCUCCAUCCUGGGGGAUUUUUAAAGUAAAGAUGGAUGAUCCUGUUGUGGCCGUGUGGCCUUUUGGAUGAAGGACAUUUUCAGCUGGUUUUCUCAGUGCAACAGCAGACAGUUGAUCUGAUGGCUCUUCCUUGCCAGUGAAUACUGGUAGUGCUGCAAGAAAAUGGGCUUUAAAUGUCAGUUCUCUGCUGCAUCCCACUGUCAAAUAAUCAGGUUUUUGGCAAUAGUGCACAAUUCUUUCCCCCCUGACCCCUGAGUAUUAAUUCCAGAUCACCCUGUGUGGGGUGCACUUCCCAGCUCCCAGGCUGCUGAGUGCCUUGGGUGCAGUGUGAGGAGGGACUUGUUUUAUUUCAGAAGCUGCCUUUACCUUCCUCAGAUCUCCUGGACUGCUUUGCCAAGAGGAGAUUGCACAGAGGGAUGUAAAACCAGGGCAGGAUGCUUGCUCAGCUUCCCCCUCUUGGGAGAGCAGAGCCACUGCCCCACUGAGACACAUCAGGGGCCAGGCCUCGCCGGGCUGAUUCUCAAUUCAUGCUGAGAUUGUGUUUUGAAUUCCAAAUCCAGUGCCUAAGACAGGGAGCUGGGGUGGGGAGGGUUCUCUGGACACCAGGCACUGUGGUGUCUCUGGCCCUGCCAGGGCAUUUUGAGAGGUGCUUUUUUAGCGGGGUGACCAUACUUUAACACAGGGACUUCAAUGCUGGUGUUGCCUUUGCUUCUUCUCCCUUCCCCCUGGGGAGGGGAGUUUGUGUGCCUAAAAACAUGGUGUGUGUGAACUGAGUUGCCCAUCAGUUACAUCAGACCUAACUACCCUAAUUCUGUUGUUAUAAUUCAUUAGUUAAUUUUAAGAGAAUGGUUUUUCUCCUCACUAACCCUGCGAAUUAAUUCCCAGGCUGCUCACUAUAGAUCCAGUACUGGCAGGGGAAAAUGGGGAAUUUGAACUAGCUGACCUCAGUUUUAUUGCUGUUUUAUGUUACCUUACAUAGAAUAUGAGCAUAUGUUGGAAAUCUAACCCAGAUACCCCUGAUGUGUAUUUUAAUUUGGACAUGACUCAGUAAGGGUCAUGCAAAAAGCAAUUCCAAAGCCGUUUUGAGGUUAUGGGUCCAGCUGUUGUGGGAUGUGUGUCCCACUAAGACCAAGUCUCCCAUCUUUGUGCCUUUCCUGAAGUAUUUCACCAGCCCGUGCCUGUCUGUGUCCCUGCCUCGCCUCCUUUAACGAUGUUGCUGAUACCUGGGAUGCUGGGCCCUGCCCAAGGCUUGCUGGAAAUCCUGCUUGGGAGUUGAUUGAUGGCUUCAGCUUGUGCCACGAGUUCUUACAGAUUCCUUGUGUGUGUGAGUGUGUUAAUCCUGCCCGGAGGGUGGGCUGGGACCCAGUGAGACCCCCGAGAUCCCUGGUGGCUGCACCAUGGGGUGGGGUCUGCAGGCAUCCCCAGGGGCUGGGGACAUCUGAGAGCACCAGUGCCAGGCUGUGGGACAGGGAACAGCCCCUGGAGUGCAGGUGGAGAGACGUGGAAAUGCAAGGGGAUGGUGGGUGGGAGAGGCACUGCCUCGUGCUGCUGCUCUGAGAGACAAGUUCUGGGAGAAAUGGCCCUGAGCUAAGCCAGGCUGACAGCAGGAUCACACAGGGAAGCCACGAGCCCACAAUGCCAAACCUGGCUGAACGUGAGAUUGCCUUAACUAGGAAAGGAGAGCGAGUGUUCUGUGGGCUGAGCUGCAGAGAAGUGCCAUAUUCCCUGAGCCAGGGGUGGGGUGUCAGGCCUGGGCUGGGACAGUCCCUCCUCCUGCCUGUUGCACAAGGGUGCUGCUGUGUGCCUCCUGUGGCCCCCAGGCAGCAGCAGGGACGCUGCCUUGUCCCUGCAAGCCUGCUGGAAACACCCUGUGCUCCCAAAUCCCAUCCCAGGGCGGAUUCAAAACUGCAGGAUCCUGAACAGAAGGGCUGUGGACAGCCAGGGGAGGUUGGUUGUUGGAGUGUUUUUUAAAUCUCCUUUGAUUCCUGCUUUUUCUUUUUUUCCCCCCUAAAUCUCUGAUUGCCAAGCUUAGCCUGUGUGGGGAUCCCUGAGAAGCAGCUGCUCUAGAGAGGGACCAUCUCUGAGUGUGGUUGCAAAAUCGCAGAGCUCCGGGCCACCAAGUGAGCUCAGUGUUUUUGAAAGCAGCAGGGGAGGAGGAGAGGUGCCAAAAGCAACCUUUGCAAGACAGAGCAGCUGUGCUGGGAGUGCAGGGCUGCCCCACCGGCCCUGCCCUCGUGUGGGGCUCUUACUGCUUCCCUUCCGUGGGGCUGGGGCGAGCCCCAAGCAUCUCCCAAAGCCCAGGGCAGGAGCUGCUGCUGCCCAGGAGCUGCUGCUGCCCACGAGCUCUU